AUGCCGUCGCCGGACGCGGCGGCGAGGCACACGGGCGCCGGCGUGGCGCGUCGGCAGGCCCACCACGAGCGGAUGCGCGACGAGCGCGCUCGGGAGGCGGCCGCGGGCAACGCGGAGCUUCCGCCGGAGGACGACGCGGUCGAGAUGGUGAGCGCCGCCCAGCUGCUGGACAGCGUGGCAGAGGUGGGCCCGAACUACACCCUGCUACGCAGGAAGGAGACGAAGGCGAAGCGGCGGAAGCGCAAGCGCGAGGAUGCCAGGGCGGCCCUCGACGGCCACACUGUCCUGUCCACCGGAUCGCGCCUCGAGAUCUUCUGCGACAGUGAGCGGUGGUACCCUGCGACCGUCAUGGCGCGGGAGGAGGACUUGGACGGACGGAUCGUGCACGAGGUCGAGUACGACGGCUACCCGGAUCGGCGUUGGUGGCACAUGCUCGACGACGAGCGGUGGCGCGCCGUCCCAGAGCAGGCCGGCGCGGGCGCAGGAGGCGCCGCCGCAGACGUGGAUGGGGAUGCGGCGAUGGACCGCGCGGACGGCGAGGGCGCCCGUGCCGUGCGCGACGCCGAGGCGGCCGAGGCGCGGCCGGCGCCGCCUCCUGUGCGCCGGGGUGUGCGGCGCAGCGCGCUGGCGGACGCCCUCGAGGCGGAGGAUGACGAGCGGCAGGACGAGGCUGCGCGUGGCGAUGAGCAGCCGAUGCUAGCGCCCCACGGGCCGGCGCUGUCGGUGCAGCUUCGGCGCGUGCGCCUGCAGCUGCGCGAGUUCCUUGCAACGCAGGCCGCGGCAGGGAAGAGCGUGCCGAUGCAGCGGACGGCCCUCGGUCUGCACCCGACGAUGCGGUGGACGAUCCGCUUCGGCAAGUGGCUGGCGACGACGCGGGUCAGAGCAUUGAGGGCGAGCCGGUGGCACGCGACCGAGCGGGGCGACGCGCGGGAGGAGGAGCCGACGGUGCGCACGGGGCGCGGCGAGAACACGGUCUACGUCGCGCUGCAGCACAUGAAGAACCACGUGUGGCGCGAGAUCUGGCCGGCGAUGCCGGGCGACGCGAGGCAGUACUGGCGGCUGGUGACCAACCAGGUGAUGUCGCUGUACGACGGCGACGGCGGCGGGAUAGAGGACGCGGCGGGAGCCGCCGGCCGGGCGGCGGGCCGCGAGGCGGCGCGGGAGAGCGCGUCGCACGGGCAGAGUGAGGCGGCGCAGCGGGCGGCGAGCGAGAGGGCGAGCGCCGAGGCGAGCCGGCGGACGAUGGCCGAGCUGCGCGAGGCGACGACGAAGCCGUGCACGAGGCAGCACCUCUUCCAGGUGAACGUGGCCUUCAUCAUGAACGCCUACUUGUGCUUCGCGCGGCAGACCGGGCACGAGCUGCCGCCGCUGACGAUGGGCGACCUGUCCAUCGCCGCGGAUGAGUUGCUGCGGGGACUAGGCGGGGCGGGCGUGAUGACCGAGGGCGACUUCGAGGCCCUCAUCCGAAUGGAGGUGACCUUCGCGCGCAAGAAGGGCGAGUACUACGCGUGCUACGAGUUCGGGACGGCGAUCACGCCCGACUCGGACCAGAUGAUGCGCAUCGGGACGCUGGCGAUGGUGCGCCUGCUGCUGCGCUGCGGAAGCUUCAGGGCGUGCUACUCGAAGCUGAGCGAGGCGAGCGCGGCGGCGCUGCGUCGCAAGGUGGCUGAGCCGAGCGGGUUCGCCGGGCUCGAGCUGGAGGACACGGGCUACGAGAGGCUGCCGGCGCUAGUUGCGGCGUGCCGAGCGGACGGCUGGGUGCUCGACAAGGCGGCCCUGGACCGGCCUCUGUUCCCCGGCGUCGACGAGGCGACGGGGUUCUUCUUGUUCACCGAGAGCUUCGACGUGGGCGCGUGGAGUCUGCGCAAAGACGCGUGCGAGCAGCCGGCGUCGGCGGGCCACGGCGCCGUCGCGGCGCGAGUGCUGGGCCACCGCCAGGUCAACUCCCGGACGAUGGAUCGGGUCUAUCGCGCAGACCUGCGCACGCGCGAUCUCGGCGCAUACUGGAUGCGGCGCGACGCGCUCGGGAGCGUGGAGCGCGCGCCGCUGACGUCGCUCUCGGCGUCGCGUGUGCCGGAGGUGGGCGGCGUGCGCGGCUUUGGCGACCUGCCGCGGGCGUGCCCGGAGCGGCAGGCGGCGCGGACGGAGCGACGCGAAGACAACCUUGGGCUGCGCCUCGGGCUCGGGCUCGGGCUCGGCCUCGGCCUGCCCCUCGCCGCCCUCCUCCUCUGCUGCUGCAUUUACGCGCUCCGAAAAAGGCGGUCAACGACCAGCCGCCCGGGGGUCCGCUCUGCAUUGCCCCAGGCGGUGGACAGCAAGCCGGCGCCGUACGAUGCGAUAAACUACGCCGACCCAGCCUCGCGCCGCAGCUCGGCGGCCUCCCUCCCAGAGGCGCCAGCACCUCCGCCGGAGGUGGUCCAAACCGAGCUCGCGACCCCCGCCGAGGCGCCGGCGCCGAGCUCCUCUGUGUGGGGAACCAUGUUCGGAUUCCCAAACGCGGCGAGCCCACCGGCGGCGACGGGCUUCCGCCCUGCUGGCCGAAAGGAUCAGCUCGAUCGCGUCUAG